CAUGAAGUGACCUAGCAUUGAGACUACGACUGAGAUUGGAUCCAUUUCUACAACGCCACUCGCCUCCCCAUACUGCUGUGUUCUAUCACCUUGUCCCUCUCAGAGCGAACAUCGGGAGGCUUCGCAGCUACGAUAAUAUAGUGCUUGCGCUACCUAGCGGCUCAUGAAGCGCUGCACCAACGAAGGCUCCCCGAGAUGUCAUCCACCACGCGAAGUGCCAGCACGAAGAAGCGUAAGAGCACCGAGCUGUCUACGCGUCCAGCUUCCUCAUCCAUUCAGCCCUCUCAGCGCCUACUCAAACGCACGUGGCUGAGGUAUGCUGGUCACAUAGCACCAGCUGAAGGCUCGGAUGCGCCGUCCCUGUCCCUCGCCUUGCAAGCUCUCGAUGGCGUGACGGAUGAUGUAUGGGCUUGCAGCGCCUUGGCAGAAGCUCUUCAAUCCUCCUCCCUCACGCUCCAAGAUCAUGUCGCACUUUCUGACAGGAUCUUGACGAGAACUGCAUCGGCUGCAGAUGCGUUUGCAAGAAGAUACGGACAAGGGGACGCUUCUGAUCCGGGCUGGGAGACCGAGGCGCGGCUUUUGGAGUUGAGAAGCAUUGCUGUACAUGCUCAAAGAGCCCUGCUGCUGGCUCCUGUCGCAGACGGCUCGUCCUCUUCCAACGUGCUCAGCGCCAAGAACGAAGACGAGGACGAUCCCUGGGAUGACGACGAAGUCAGUCGAGACACAGCAUUGGAGACCCCCUCGUCUGACGCGCAACCGUUCAACAUGCCAUACUACCUCGAGCGCUCCUUUCUACAGGUUGCAAUCGAUUUGGUGCAAGACAACAAGCCCCAACAGCUGCUGGACUUGCUGCGCAGCUUGCCGAGGGUGGAGCUGCAGACGAUCAUCACCGAGCGCUAUGAGCUCUUGUCCCUCCUCUUCCUCGCCGCUGCGCUUCACCAAGGCUCGGUCAAAUCCUUGUAUAGUCUAGGUCUUUUGCCCAAUGUGAGGGGGGAGGAGGAGCAAAGCAUCUGGCUCGACUCUUAUCAGGCUUCCACUGUGCUUGAAGAUGUGGUCGACACGAAGAAUGAGUCGCUGCGGCCGGACGAGCCUCGCUCGCUCAGUCGGACAGAGCUGGUCGAGUGGUAUGAGGAGCAAGUGCUGCUCUUGGAAGCACAAGCGAAUAAGGCGAGCUCAGCGCAAGAUCUGUUGGACGUAGCGCUAGCGGCUGUGGGCACUGCUGCGGAUCAGUUGCUGCAGCUGAAGGAAGAGCUUGCGAUGCUUGCAGCGCUCAAUAGUCGUAGCGCGCCUUCGACCGAUGCUCGAGAAUUCAAUUUAUGCGACCUUCGCGCUGCUUUCGAGGACCCUGAGCGAAGCAGGCAGACGGCUUUGGCAUACUUGGCAUCGGCUACCAGCCCCUCAGAAGCCGACGCGGCCAUGCACGACCUUGUCGUGUUCUUGACGCGGGCAUCAGGCGCGUCGGGCAUUGCCACCGCCCUCAAAGAUCUGGUCUUCGACGUGCUAAGAGCACAAUCGAACGCGCCAGGACGCUUCGGCAUGGAUUGUCUUAGAUUGAUUGCGUCCAUAUUGCGUGCCCUGAGCGCUGCAGAUGGUGCGAUGAUCCUGGACGAGGAAACGAGAGCCCGUCUUGCGCUCGUAUCCAUUUACGGCUCCGAAAGGACAGACGGUUCUGCUAAAGCUGCAUUUUCAGCUAUCGUCGAUGCGGCAGCUCCGGAUGAUUUCUCUAGCAAAAUUGCCGGCGUUCCUGCAGGCGCACGCGAGAGUCUGGCGAUUCUGCUGGCUCCGAGACUUCCGGAAACGAUGACGACAGAAGAGCUCUACAACUCCCUGCCAACCCCUUCUCUGGAGCUAUUGCCUCUCGUAAAAUCCCACGUGCGAGCAUCGAAGACGUUUGCUGCUCGAGGACUCCGAUUGAGCAUCGCGAGCCUAGCGGCUGCUUCUGGCGACGCAGCAGCGCAGCGGAGACUGGUGGUCAGACUUCUGAGAGCUGGAGAUGUCAAGAAAGAGUCACGCGUCUGGGCCCCCUUGAGGCUGGAGCUAGAGGCGAUGGCAGGGCAAGGGGGUUUACUAGAAGCUUUAGGACCUCGUCAGGCCACUGUGGUGGUCCUGGAGGAAGUGCUUCGAAAUGGCGAUGUCUCCACUUUCAAGAUCUUGUUGGCAGACACCUCUGCAACGGCGACACCAUCGUCCGAGGAAGCCGAAGAGCUUGUCUUGCGCGUGUCGCGGGAACUUUAUGACAACACGGAGUCUACGAAUAUUCACCGUGGCGACAUGAAGAUUGCUUACGAGGCACUUUCUGCUGUUACACCCACUCCGCGCAUAUCUGCUGAAAGAGCCUUCAUCGAAGGGACGUCAAAGCUGUGCUCCUACAAUUUGAGCCGAUCUCGUGACGCGCAACUUGAGCAUGCUAGGCACGAACAGGUGACGCCGCUUCAAAUUCGCAUGUCACCAAACAGACAAGAACUCAUUGGUCGCUUGCUAUCGCUCAAUGACGGCGCUUACCAGACAGUCGACAUCAUCAUUGAACUCGCCAGGAAACUUAAUGCCGUCGGCACACCUUCUCGAAGCUCUUGGGGCGGAGCUAGCGACCUUACACAAACCUCGCCCAAGCCAAAGGCUCUCAUUGAUGCUCAGACGCUCGCUUGGAUCAGCAAUGCCGCUGUAGCUGCCGAAGACUUUCGAGCGGCUCGUGCCGCUUGCACUCGAUUAGUAGAGCAGGUGGCGGCUUUGCGAAAGCGCGCCAAUGCAGCUGCUGCGGCUCAUGCAGACAGCACAGAGUCAUCAAGCAUGUCAUUGAGGGAUCCGAAUAGCGCUGCCGCAGUACUUCCACAAGCUCAAGAAGAGGCGUGGCAAGCCUGUCUUCAAGUCGCUCGGCAUCCCGAUUUUGAGGAUACGUCUGCUAAGCUCGAACUGAUGGCGCACGUGAUCGAACUGUGUCCACCAGACAAGGUGUCUGGGUUUCUGCGACAGUUCAGAAAUGCAGAGGACAUGCAUCUCGCCUUCUUGGAAGCAAAUCCAACAUUGCCGGGCGGUAAAGACGCAUCCAGACGACUAGACCAGGGAUUUGGCGCUGCGGCUGUUGCAAGUCGAAUGACUAGUCUUUCAGCUAGCGAUGUGCGAGCCAGAGCAAGCUACGCUGCUGGAUCAAUCUUUAGCGCUGCGCAAGCUGCCCAGGCCGCCAGUGGUGGUUUCAGUGGGCUGUUCAACAGCGCAAGACUUGCUGGUGUGGUCGAUGGACUUCGAGGAGGUGCUGCGCCCGCGCCGUCUGCUGUUGGGCGCACGGUUCCAGGCGCCGCUUCUUUGGCUAGCCCACCUGCAUCAGGUGGCGGUGGCUUUGGUAGUCGAGCAGCUCAGCUUUUCGACGGUCUGGGCGAUGCGCCUAGCGCAAGAAGCUCAAGCCCGAGCGGUACUUCAAUCAACCUGUCGGGCUACAUGGAUCCUGCAGAGAGAGCUGCUAGAGCUGCCAGAUCUUUCUUUGGUGGUUUCGCCUCUGGCCUGCCCAGCGGCGGUGCGCCCGGUCCGCGACCAGAAACAAAUGGGGAUGUUGAGCGUGACGAGAAAAAUUCUGUGCGCAACGUCUCUGCUUCGCAAGGCUUUUCCAUCAGCAGAGGCGCUGCCUGGCUACUCGGAGAGGAGGAAAGAAAUUAAAGGUGGAAGGAACAAGAACCAACGAUGUAAUACACAGCGAUUUGCGAUGGCAGGCUCGUAGGCCGCGGCUCUCUUGCAGGCGUCCCCCUAGUCCGACCUUGUACAUCAAUUCCCUACCGACCGUCACGCAUGCAUGAAUUGUGCAUCUGUCUGAGCGACGCAUUGUGGAUAGGUCCAGAGCAUCGGCCACACCUGUCACUCAUCAUCUACGCUCCAAUCGAUCGACGUCCUUCAUGGCUAGCUCCUCCCC